CUUAACUGCUGUAGCUAUAAUUUUAUAUUCUCGGCACUUACCUGCUAGCAAAGGAGAGAUACAGAAACCAGCAAAACCGAAACGAGAUUAUGAAAGUUAUUUGUGCUCCCUGAUGCUCCCUGCAGAAUCCCGAAGCUCUGCUUUUGCACUGAGGGCCUUCAAUGUGGAACUGGCUCAGGUAAAAGACUCCGUUUCUGAGAAGACAAUUGGACUGAUGCGAAUGCAAUUUUGGAGAAAAACUGUGGAAGAUAUAUACUGUGACAACCCACCACAUCAGCCUGUGGCCACUGAACUAUGGAAGGCUGUCAGAAGACAUAAUUUGACUAAAAGAUGGCUUACGAAAAUCAUUGAUGAACGAGAAAAAAAUUUGGAUGACAAAGCAUAUCGUAAUAUCCAGGAACUUGAAAAUUAUGCUGAAAACACACAGAGCUGUCUUCUGUAUUUAACACUGGAAAUAUUGGGUAUAAAGGAUCUCCACGCAGAUCAUGCUGCCAGUCACAUAGGAAAGGCACAAGGCAUUGUCACUUGCUUGAGAGCAACGCCCUAUCAUGGCAGCAGAAGAAAAGUGUUCCUUCCCAUGGAUAUUUGUAUGCUGCAUGGUGUUUCACAAGAGGACUUUCUAAGGAAGAACCAAGAUAAAAAUGUGAGAGAUGUGAUAUAUGACAUUGCCAGCCAGGCACACUUGCACUUAAAGCAUGCUAGGUCCUUCCACAAAAGUGUUCCUGUGAAAGCAUUUCCUGCCUUUCUUCAAACAGUUUCCCUAGAGGAUUAUUUAAAGAAAAUUCAGCGAGUGGAUUUUGAUAUAUUCCACCCAUCUUUACAGCAGAAGAAUACAUUACUUCCUUUAUCUUUAUAUAUUCAGUCAUGGAGGAAAAGAUAUUAAAAUAACUGCCUGAUUCAACCUGAGAGCUCUUCAAAGGCAAGACGAUAUUGUUUCAUUCACCAGAUCAUCCCUCGGUGCCCAGAGCAAGCUUCUGAUGUAGAGCAAGUAGAAAUCAAUCAGUGUUUAAUUGAGCAAAUGUGCAAUGUGGUUGUGCAUAUCAGCAUACUUUUAGUUGAUGUUGAUGCUGAAAGAACAUCCUCUUGUUCAGUUCUGGGGCUUUAGAGAGCCUUGUAACUUAUCUUCAAAGGCACGUGCAAGGAAAUGGGACAUGUUUCCUCUUGAGAGUCUAAGUGGCCUAGGGUUGGAGAGUUCAUUUGAGAGAGUCUUUGUUAGCAUUAUCUGCUGGUCUUCCCAGGUUAAAUUGAGCAAUAAUCAGCUGCUAAAUAUCUUGGCUCCUAUCUCAGGGUCUUAAAACAGAAGGGUUCUAAAACACUCAGCUGGAUUACUGGAUUCUUUACUGGCUCAGAAGCCAACUUAAUAUUAAGUAGGUAAUUUCAGAAUACUUUCUAAGCCAUUUUAGAUUCGAUGGCAUAGAGAUUUGUAUGAACUAAAUUUACCAAUCUCCUAGAAAAAAAAAAUGAAGUAGUAGGGGCAUUUACCAACCUAUUAAUUUCCUGGCAUAAAAUACUCCCUAAGAUGGUGCCAACAUUCUUUUUUAUUUUUAAAUCUCUAGGUUUUUAUUAGUAUUUUAAAGGCAUCAGGUAAAAUUUUCAAAUAUUUAGAUGCAUCUUGUUACUGAAUAGGUAGAGAGCAACCAGUAACAAAUAUUAAGUACAAAAUACAGGUCAGUCUACAUGUAGGUAAAGUUGCCUAUCACUGAGAAAGAAGUUACGGAGUGUUUGUUUGCUUUUUGGUGCAUGCUCACAAGCACACUAACAGUGAGUUACAUCCCCCCAGCUACCACCAUUCCCCUUUUUGGCAUUUUUUAGUAGUAUAUACUUGUGACACAUAAUAAUUACAUGCAUCAUGGACCUAACCGUUUUAAAUUUUAUUUUGAGACAAGUUCUCACUAAGUUGCCCAGGUUAGCAUUGAACUUGCUAUCCUGCUGCCUCAUCCUCUCCAGUAGUGGGGAUUACAGGGAUAUGCUACCAUGCCUGGCAUGGGCAGUUCUUCAUCAUUGGCAGCAUUCUUUGUCUCUUUUUGUUUAAGCCUUUCUUUUAGAUGAAAUUAAAUAAUUGUUGAGAAAUGUAAUAGUAGAUAACACCUACUGAACGUGAGCUUGGACAGGUGGUGUAAUUUGCAUUUCUGUGUUUUUUUCCUUGCAGUGAAGUAAGUCUUUAUCUUCCAACUGAUGAAACUAUCUCAGAGAUACUAAGUUCAAGGUCACACAGCACUAGUACUGGAGCUGCAGGCCAAAGCCCAUUAUUUUUACCAUUCUUGAGACUUGUAAUAUAAAGUGCCAAGUGUAAAAGCUCAAGGGCAUGACUUUUUUCACAAAUAAAUAUUACUGCAUAAAUUUCAGGUAUAGAUUAGGUUAAAAAGUAAUUACUACAUAAAUUCCAAGUACAAAUUAGAUGAGAGAGAAAUAGGAGGUUGAAAAGGGUCUCGAGUGUUGGCUACUGAGUGUAUACAAGGCACUUACCUGCCUUGGCAGUCAGAGAAGGUUUCCCAGAGGAGGCAGCUUGUGAAUGCAUCAGGAAAGUUGGGUAGGAGCCUGGGCUUGGAGAGUGUGGGCUUUCUUGUGGGGAGGUCCUGGCCAAAGGAGCAGGAUAUACAAAGAACAGAAUGUAACCUCCAGCGUUCUAAAGAAAGCUUGUGAAUAAAAAGUGGCCACAUCCUCUGGUCUAGUGAAACCACUUUGAAUUAAGAUCAAAGACUGGGGAGUUUGUAUUUUGCCCAUUUCAGCGAAUCCUUAUGUGCCCUUGCUUGCGUUUGUUUUAGGUGGUACAAAUUGGAUCUCUGUGAAGAGGCUGACCUAAUUGCUUCCACAGAAAGAUCCACAGAGUUGUAAACAUUAUGCAGAUGGUUAUUGAAAAUAAAGUGAAACAAAAUAUUAUCCUACUGUUUCUUUCUGUAAGGAGAACAGAGCAAGAAACCACAUACACCCAGAGCUGAGGAGGCUACUGGAAAUGGGUCAGAAGGAGGGAAGAGCAGACGAGGGCUGAAUACAUUAAAAUAAUGUGGACACUCUAUCUGCUUUCUCCUUUAGGGAAUGUGCAUUUCUUGGAUAACUGUAAAAUUAUAUCUGAAAAAUUGAGACCCUUCAUGAGCUGGGGAUUUAGCUCAGUGGCAAUGUCCCUGCCUUACAAGCACAAGGUCCUGAGUUUGAUCCCUGGUACAAAAAAAAAAAGACCCUUCAAGUGAGAAAAGUGGUGGUAGAUGGGGAAUAUGACUAUAUUUAUAGAACAGUGAAUA